UUAUAAAAGCACAGCCAUCUCUGCCCUGACAAACCAUCCCAAGAUCUCUGCAAGACUGGCAAGAUGAUGUCUGGCCUAGCACUCACCAACAUGUCCUGGAUGCUGCUCUCCUGCCUGAUGCUCUUAACUCAGGUGCAAGGUGAAGACACCCUGAAGGAAGUACACUCAGCACGUAUUAGUUGUCCCAAAGGCUCCAUGGCUUAUGGCUCCUAUUGCUAUGCCUUGUUUCGGAUACCACAGACCUGGUUUGAUGCAGAACUGGCCUGUCAGAAGAGGCCCUCAGGACACCUUGUGUCUGUGCUCAGCGGAGCUGAGGCUUCAUUCCUGUCCUCCAUGGUGAAGAGCACAGGGAACAGCUACCAGUACAUCUGGAUUGGGCUUCAUGAUCCCACCCUGGGUGAAGAACCCAAUGGAGCUGGAUGGGAAUGGAGUAACAGUGAUGUGAUGAACUACUUUAACUGGGAGAGGAAGCCAUUUGCUGCCCUAGACCGUGGUUUCUGUGGUAGCUUGUCAAGAGCUUCAGGAUUUCUGAAAUGGAGAGACAAUACCUGUGAUGUGAAGUUGCCCUACGUCUGCAAAUUCAGUGGUUAGGCUUAUCCAAAAUCAAACAGCCAGAAUUUGUCCUAAAGCUCAUCAUAGACGUGGGACCAAAUGGGAAGACUCACCCAAGAAGAGCAUGUCCCAUCCACAGCCCACAUCGGACACCUCACUGGUUCUUUCCAGAUCUUGCCUCAGUCAUUUCUGUACAGGUUCUUGCCUCAGGUCUGAGAUAGCAAUAAAAAAAAACUUUAGUCACA